AUGGCAACAUCAAGAGUCAGCAAUGGUACAAUAUUAUCAGCGAGUAGAAAUGAGCGUCGCCAAGUACAAGCACGUAUACGUGCAAUUCAACAGCGAACUAAUGCUUUAAACGAAGAACUAUCUCAUUCGUCAUCAAUGGCGAAUACAGCUGUUCGCGAUAUUGAACAAACGUAUAUGGCAAUUACUAGCGAAUUUCAAGAGCAACGUGAUCAACUCUUAAGACGUAUUCAUCAUAUUAAACAAAAUAUUCAACAAUCCACUAGUGAACUUAAUGGUAUACGUAAAAAUUUACGUUCAACAGAAUCAUUUCACUUACCAGAAAGUACGUCACGACAAUUAGCUGAUAUGGAAGUACACGAAAUGAACGCAAUGGUUGAUGAUAUUGAACGUGUUCUAAGUAAUAUAGCACAACAACUAAAACAGUAUCGUUUUCAACCUGCGCAUGGAUAUGCAUCGGGUAAAACACUCGGUAAAAUAAGUGUUGAUAAAAAUGCCAAUCGCAGAGAGAGUGGAUUAUCGUCAUCAAAAUUAAUAAUGACACCAAAUAAUCCAUACAAUCUUAUAUCCGUACAUAAAUUAUUUACAGUCGACUUAGAUAUAUCUGCUGAAUGGAUUGUUUCAUCGAUGGUAGAUCGUCUAUUUUUAUGUAAUAGCGAAGGUGAAGUACGUAUUUUCUCGUAUUCUCGCCGACUUCGUCGACAACCGUUAUUAACUGAGCGUUUUCAUUUAUCAACUAUACGUCUUAUUUCGUCAUUCACAGCUACACACGAUUAUUUAAUUUCAUUCGAAACUGAUACGCAUACAAUUGCACUGCAUACACAUCAUGGUGCAUUACUUGUUCGUUUAGAUUUUCCCUACGAUCCGAUUAUGAUCGUUCGCUGUGAUUAUUUCACUAAAAAUCAACUCUGGUCAUGCAGUCGUACGAAACGUCAAUGUUUUCAAUUUAGUGUAAAUCAUGCAACAAAAGAAAUACUUCCAAUGGAACAACUAGAUUUUAAACGUCCAGUAGCCGGCAUUGUAAUUGAUCCUGUCGGCAUAUCAAGUGAUGACCACGAUCGCAUUGGUAUACAUGAUAUUAAUAACGUAACAACUGAUCGGCUAUUAAUUUAUACAAAUAAUCAAAAUACGAUUAUACCUCUUGAUUCAAUAAAAUAUGCUGAUCGACAUCUAACAUCUCAAAUAGAUCGUGUUUUAUUAGUACCGAAACAGCCGAACUUAAUUGUUAUGCUUUAUGCACCACAAUCAACAAUAACAAAUCUGCAUGAAGUUGUUAUUGUUGACAUCGAAUCACAACCAGCACAAAUACUUCAACGUUUACAAGAACCAAACGGGAUAAAAAAUAUUGAUGUAACGCUAAAUGGCGAAAUAGUUUAUAGUGUUACACCACCUGCAAAUAAACGAAUAGUACCAAAACUACAUAUUUACAGUUUAGUUAAUUAA